CUCUCUCUCUCUCUCUCUCUCUCUCUCUCUCCUCCCUCCUUACCCCGCCUAUCAUCACCGUCAUCAUAUAUCCUAAUGCGUAGCCAGUUUCUCUUGCAUCUGUCAGUGCCUCUCCGCCGCCCCUCUUCGCCGGCUUUGCGCUCCGGUGAGCUUCGGUACAGGUGUUAUCGUUGUUACCUUAAUUAGCGAGGGGGAAAUUCGUGCGCCGCGUGGAGGGUGCGGGCGACUAUCGACAGCUGCUGACGGGUCAUCCAGCAGCCAACCCAGUAUUGACACUCGGGUCCUGCCGCCUGUCCGCCAGCCUCGUUAAGACCAGUGAUGGGCGUGUGGUGGCUGCGGGUCCUGGUGGCGGUGGUGGUGGUAGUGGUGGUGGCGGUGCCUGGCUGGGGACGCGAGGGGCCUGUGCAGUCCUCCUCCGUGACCUCCCUCUCCUCCUCCCCCUCCUCAGCCUACCUGCCGGGCGAGGAGUGUAAGCACAUCAGGUUCAGCCAGCCCGGCCAGGCCACCGUCGUGAGGGAGUCGGUGCUGCGGCAGAUGUGUCUCCGCGCCGCGCCGCACGUUGACGUCACCAAGGUCUUCAAGCAGUUCGCGAUAUUCCUGCUUCACCGCGACGAUUUUGACGACUCCCCGAAGUGGCACUCCGGCGAUGCUAAGGCGGUGCUCGACGACCCGUACUGGGCUGUGAAUGAUGUGAAGGUGCUCAAGUCGACUAAAUAUCAGUGGUACGUGCACGGGCUGCCCAUGUGGCCUCUCCCGCACCAGGCGCUGACCAACAAGACCACCUCCAAGCGGCCAUCACUCAAGAAGAAGAAACCCGUCGACUGGCCAAAUUACGGCAUGGCAACACCCAUCUACUUCUCGUCCAAGGCGUGGAGGGACCAGGCGUGGAGUGUAGAGGAGUUUUUCCAGCAGGAGAAGAAGAAAUCCUUCAAGAGCCACGAGGACUUCCACAAGCUGGUGCUGGCGGUGGUCGGCACCGUGGACGGGAACAAGGUGGAGAGUUACAGCGAGUGGGCCUUUCUCAAGUACUCCCUGCCGCUCAUGGUUCGAUCAAUGACUCAGCGUAACAAGGGUAUCUGUCCUGACGAGAUGUACAUUUACUUCCGCCUCACUCCCUGCUACCCGAAGGAACCCCAGUACGCAGUUUGUGAGCAGGCCGCCCGCAAUGCCCGCCUCCUCCUCACGGCCUCCUCCUGCCCCACCACCACCGUCAUCGUCGGCUUCAGUAAGGAAUACAGCGAGGAAGAGGACAUGCUGCCCCUGUAGACACCCCUGCCCCCUGCCAACCCACCACCCCUCGCUCCUCAACCCUACCAGCUACCCGGACACUCAAUGGACAGACACACACGCACACACACACUCCCUCUCUCCCUCCUCUCCUUCGACGUGGGAAAACCUGAAUGGUAAAUUGUGCAAACGCUUCGAAAUGGAUCUUUGUCUUUCGUUACUGUUUUCCUCUGUUUUGUUUACGAGCCUCGGGAAACUUGAGAGCACGGCGGUAUAGGAAAGUAAAUAAGGUCUGUUUUCUGAAGUGCUCCAGCGUCGUCUUAUCUAUCUCCAAUAUUUAUUUAUUUAUCUAUUUUUUUUUAUAAUACGUACUACUGGAAGCUGUUUGUAGUUUUUUUUUCUCUUCUUUUUAUUAUUAUUUUUUAUUUUAUUUUCAACGUGUUUUUAUUUCGUGAUGCUAAUGAUAGUUGGUUUGGAUCUUCUGUUUUUUUUUUUUUUUUUAACCCCUUCAAUACCAUGCCGCAUUUCCAUAUUCAUUUUAGUUUUUAUUUUAAGCGAUUUUACACAGCUUCAGAAACAUAUGUUAGGAUUAGAACAGUAAAGACCCUCGCCAUUAAUCUUUUGACCUUCAUAGAUCCUUCCUAAAGCAAAUAAAACAAUGUAAUCAUAUUAAAAAUCAAGGUAAAAAUGUGCCUCAGUACUGAAGGAGUUAAAGGGUGGGUUUUCAAGGACACUAUCGAGAUUAUAGUAAUUGUUUGAUACGUUGUAAUGGAAGGUGUCAAGAUGAACAAGAGUGACAGUUUAGCAAGGAUUUUUUUUUUUUUUUUUACUUUUUAAUGGAAGAGGGGAUGACUGGCCAAGGGCAACAAAAUUAUAAAGGAGAAAGGCCCACUCAGUUGCCAGUCUCCUUACAGAGCCGAUAGAAUUAACCAAAUGAUUCUACAUAUUUAUAUAACUAUCUUACUUUUCCAGUCAAGUGUACGAAUUGAGAACAAAAUGUAAGGACUAAGGAAAGUAAGGUUAAUUAUCUAAAUGCGAAAAGCCCUUCAUAUCUGGAGAGAGAGAGAGAGAGAGAGAGAGAGAGAGAGAGAGAGAGAGAGAGAAGGAA